UGCAGUCGAACCCGAUCGAUGCGGCGAUCGUCGUAACAGCAGCGAUCGAUCCACACUCGCCGGCGACGAGCACGAGAACAUGGCCUCUCCGUGUAUGGCGGCGGCGAUGCUGGUGCUGGCCUGGUGCGCGGCGAGCGGCGGCGUGGCGGUGGCGCGGCCGCUGGUCGGGGGUGGAGGAGGAGGAGAGGCGGGGAAGACGAAGGCGCCGCUGCAGACGAUGCGGGCGUACAACAUCGCGCACAGGGGCUCCAACGGCGAGCUCCCCGAGGAGACGGCGGCAGCGUACCUGCGCGCCAUCGACGAGGGCGCCGACUUCAUCGAGGCGGACGUGACGGCGACCAAGGACGGCCACCUCGUGUGCUUCCACGACACCACGCUCGACGACACCACCGACGUCGCCGACCACCCCGAGUUCGCCGGCCGCCGCCGCACCCUCGAGGUGCAGUGGGCCAACCUCACCGGCUUCUUCAUCACCGAUUUCACCCUGGCGGAGCUCAAGACGCUGCGCGUGAAGCAGCGCUACGCGUUCCGCGACAGGUCGCACAACGGCGAGUCGCGGAUCAUCACGUUCGACGAGUUCAUCGACAUCGCGGUGAGCGCGGAGCGGGUGGUGGGGAUCGACCCGGAGAUGAAGAACCCGGUGUUCGUCAACAAGCAGGUGAGGUGGGCCGACGGGAAGAAGUUCGAGGACAAGUUCGUGGCGGCGCUGAAGCGGCGGGGCUACGGCGGCCGGUACAUGUCGCCGGCGUGGAGGGCGAUGCCGCUGUUCAUCCAGUCGUUCGCGGCGACGUCGCUGAUCUACGCCGCCGACCUGAUCGACUCCCCCAAGGUGUUCCUCAUCGACGACGUCGGCGUCCGCACGGAGGACACGAACCAGUCCUACGACGAGAUCACCUCCGACGAGUACCUCGACUACAUGAGGGAGUACGUCGUCGGCGUGGGGCCGUGGAAGGACACGGUGGUGCCGCCGACGAGGGACAACAAGCUGGCGGCGCCGACGGACCUCGUCGCCCGGGCGCACGCCAGGGGCAUGCAGGUGCACCCCUACACGUACCGGAACGAGAACCAGUUCCUCCACUUCAACUUCCGGCAGGACCCCUACGCCGAGUACGACUACUGGAUCAACGACGUCGCCGUCGACGGCCUCUACACCGACUUCCCGGCGAGCCUCCGCCGCUACCAGGAGUGGACCGCCACCGGCAGGAAGGGUUAGCUGGACCAAGCCGCCAUUUUUGCACACACUCGUUGCAUAGGUCUCCAGUUCUGCUAUUCUUAGGUCAUCGUAAAUUAGUUUCAUUUUUAGACUUUUUUUAUUAUCCAUGACAAGUAUUUCGAUGUAUCAAAAUUUUAGUGUAAAAUUCUGAUAUCUUUAUGGUAUAUUAUUCAUUUUCAUACUUAAAAAAUAUGAUAUUCGGAGUAUUUUUCAAAAAUGGUAAAAGAACUUUUCAUUUUUAUGUCAUUAGAAAAUUAUAUUUAGGUUUUGCAUUUGCAAUGUACGGUUUCCAUUGAUGGACCAAUCUUUAAUAUAAGGGCCAGAGUUUAGAAAGAACAGGUCAGCUCAUAUAAAUUUUUUUUUCGGAUCCAAAGGUAAGGGGAGUAGAGCUUUUACUUGUUCAAACAUUACAACAAAAUUCAGUUCAUGAUCCGUUGAUUCCGGAUAUAAUUAGUUGGUUAUGGUUGAGACG